AUGGACGAAACCAAGCCACCACGACCUUCGAUAAGGAAUUCGUUAUCGCCGAAAAGCUCCUGGACUGGAUCGCUGCAUGAUCUUGCACCGCACGUCGUAAAUAUUGUUGCGACGGAGGCUGCAACUUUUUACGACGUCUUCGGUGUGCUGGGCAUACCGAUGAUCAUUACAUUCGUGGUCUCCGCCGCCUGGACAUUCGUGAUGGCAGCUAUACAAAUCCAUGCAGAUAGCAUCGCCAACACCAUCAUGAACACCACAGAGUUCGACAACGGAGAAUUCUGGCUACUCCCGAAACCUGAAAAGUCCAUUGUCGUGUCUUCGGUGGUCUUGCUGACCAUUUUCGGGAUCGGAUAUACUGCUCUGACGGUCACAAUGAUGUUUUUCUAUCGUGUUGGUGCGCCGAAGGAGAAUUUGAAACUUGAUGACAUUUUAGAAAAUACCACGGCCGAAGUGGCGAACACAAAUGGCGACGAAGGGAAUUUUGCUCAGCGAAUUUUCGUUUGGGUCCGCGAAUUACCAGCAGAUAUCCGAGAGCACUACUUCACUGCGGCGCUUGAUCUUCCCAAACUCGUUUUUCAGACGCUGACGCUGGCAACAUAUCUCCGAAAAGGCUUUCCGAUUGCGAUAAUUUAUUAUUAUUCCGUCUUGUUACUCUGUAAUUGGCUCGCGACGUGUUACCGGAACCAACGCUACGUAGCGGACCCUGAUCUCAUCAUCGCUCGACUUUACUACACCUUUGAUUUAUUCUUUGCAGUGUUUGCUCCACUGGUGGUGUUAAUCUACUACGUCGACACAUUCGAUUUUGAUCGCGCCGCGUUCCAAACGAGAAUCGAAACACUUGGCGUCGGAUCUUUUGACACGGUAGCUCGGAUAUACGGCGAUUCCUCGCAAAUUUCAAGUUUCUGUAGUGCGUUCCACUAUUUGCAAUUCUCUGUGGGGUCAACACUUUUUUACAAGUCUGCGCUGAAUAUUUUAUCGCUGUACAAAUGGCGAAAAAUAAUAACGACAUUGAUUCACAACCAUCACGAGCGACAGGCUGAGCGCAAACGAAGGGCGUCGGUAAAACCGGUGCUGCAAGAAUCCCAGACGGGAGUGAUCAAGGCUUACCUUACGAAAAGACUCUCGGGCACAAUUCCAAAGCCGAAAUUCGGGCAACAUUUCAUUUCUAAGCUAUUUCUAUCGCUUAGUUUUCUGGUGGCGGGGAUUUGCAUGUUCGUAUACUCGAUUGGGGCUGUGCACUCGACGACGGCGCUGUGCAGUAAGUACGACAAGUGCGUUCUUGCAAGUUUUCGAUGGAACUAUGGCGAGAAACAUUGCACUUGUCUGGUGUUUGCUGACCGUCAAAUCGCACCAACGACUUAUGCCGAAUGGACAAACCCCGUUGACACUACGAGUGAUCUGGCUGAACUAGCGACAGCAGGAGAGCUACGUAUCGUCCAGAUUAUCAACCGGGCUGUUCCAGAAUUGCCAGAACAACUAAAGAAUUGCGACCAUUUGGAACAAUUAAUUCUGGCAUACACUAAAACUGAACAUCUUCCAGAAUGGGUAUCAAAGUUCUCUCACCUGGAGUUUUUACAUAUCGAGGGAGACUACACCAGCAAAAGGCUUCAAACUAUGUCUGAUGGGAUUUUUGACACCAUGUCACACCUCGCAUUCCUUCAUUUAGGUGUGCAUCCAGAUCUAGAGCAAUUGCCGUCUUUAUCAUCGCUCAAUAACUUGCGAUACUUGGCAUUGGCAGUCAUGGAUUCUCUCCAAGAAAUACCAAGCUUCCAGGGGCUUUCGGACCUUACAGACCUGCACCUCGAGCACCUACCACGCGUCGCGAUGCUGCCCUCGGUUCAACCUCUCAAGAGUAUGCAACACUUUAUAGUGGCGUCACGAAUCGCAGUUUGCUGCAAUGGGUACUUGACGGAAAACUGUAACAUGACGGAAGGCCAAUGUUUACCGAUAGCAGGGGAGAUGCACCCUCUAACCUGCACGGAUGAACGCAUUUCGGCAGAAGACAAUGCCACCCUGGCAACCUUUGGGGCUGCACCAACCAAGCAUUCGACAGAUGACCUCUGCAAUGGCAUCAAAUACAGAUAUUGCAAGCUUAACGGCGUGGACGGCAUGUGCUUCAAUACUCGAAUGAUGGUCAUCAACUGCUCAACCUCGUCGGGGUAUAUCGCUAUGCGAAGACUGCAAAUUCAACGUAGGGUGGGAGAACCUUGUGAUCCAGUUGAAGAAGCCUGGCUUGGCUGCACAAACUCAUCGUAUAUUUGA